UGAUAUGAAAUAACGUACCAACUUCGACAUGGCCUGUCUUCUCAGCUACCCCGUGAUGGCUAUGCUUCCAGCGAUCAAUCACUGUGGUACCUUUCUUCCAUUCACCAUUCAGAUCUAUUCACUCAUAAGGUAGGCGAUGCACACGCUGGGUUAUUCACUGGUACUUUCUUUCCACUCCCCAACUACCUCCACACGUCCCGUGACCUUACGUCGUGUUGUUGUUGCCUUGUUAGCUUUGACUCCACUAUCAAGGCCGAACAAAGUUCCGAGAACUAGUUCUAGUUCUUCGGUCACUGGACAACGAGUCGAUCACACAAAAUAUCUGCUGCUCAGCAACUACUCGUACUCGCAUCGCCAACCAAAGCUCACUAUGGCCAAAUCCACGUCUCUUGCAUCAUGGAAACUACGCAAUAGGUUCCUCAACAUCGUCCGCAGCGACGCCAGUCCAAAUUUGGACCUCAUCCCCUCAUACCAUACCCUAGAAUUUGACUACAAUGAGACCGAAAACACCGUCGCACUGCGCAUGGGUAGAUAUGGCGACAGCGAGAUUCUAGCGCAUCUCAACGGCUCCGUAUCGAAGCGUAGGACCGCGACUCCAAGAUCUGCGAAGUAGGCACCGUGUUAGAAGUCAACAAGCCAAUGAGUAGUCAGUUCAGAUCUAUCGCGCCGUUUGGCUGGAGCGGGUCGUUACAGCAGGGCAUCACUACGCCAAUGACUGCGCCGGCACACGCGCUUGCGCUGAUUUACAUGCACAUCUUAGCUCUCAAGACAAACAAGAAAGAUUCUAAUCUGCCUAUACCAGGGUAUCAAAGUUUGUAUGACGCAUUAGCUUUGAUUCGAAACGCGUUGGAUACGGAGCAGAUGUUGCCGGUUGGGCAGCGGGAUAUCCCCGCGGAGGCGUUAGCCGCCUAUCAGA